ACUGUCUUAGAAAAUGGUGACCUCAAACAAGGGUAAAGUGUGCGUAACUGGGGCUUCAGGCUUCAUUGCCUCUUGGCUUAUCAAACAGCUUCUCGAGUCUGGAUAUCAUGUGGUAGGGACUGUCAGAGACCCAGGAAAUCGCCAAAAAGUGGCACACCUUUGGAAAUUGCCUGGUGCUAAAGAGAGGCUGCAGAUUGUGCGAGCUGAUCUGUUGGAAGAAGAGAGCUUUGACGAAGCCGUGAUGUCUUGUGAUGGCGUCUUCCACACUGCAUCGCCUGUCCUCGCUAAAUCUGACUCUAGUAGCAAGGAAGCAACGCUUGUUCCUGCAGUAAAUGGUACCCUGAAUGUGCUAAGAUCGUGCAAGAAGAACCCAUUUCUGAAGAGGGUUGUUCUUACAUCUUCGUCAUCUGCAGUGAGGAUCAGGGAUGAUGCUCAACCAAAUAUCUCACUGGAUGAAACAAUAUGGAGCUCUGUGCCACUCUGUGAAAAGAUGCAGCUAUGGUAUGGCCUGGCGAAGGUAUUUGCAGAGAAAGCAGCAUGGGAGUUCGCCAAGGAGAAUGGCAUUGACCUUGUGACUGUUCUUCCCUCGUUUGUGAUCGGACCCAGUUUAUCCCAUGAAUUAUGCGUUACAGCUUCAGAUGUACUUGGCUUAUUACAAGGUGACACUGCCAGGUUCAGUUGCUACGGGAGAAUGGGAUAUGUUCACAUCGAUGACGUCGCGAGCAGCCAUAUCCUGGUGUACGAGACGCCCGAGGCCACCGGGAGAUACCUAUGCAGCUCAGUGGUGCUGGACAACGACGAGCUGGUCUCCUUCCUCGCAAAACGAUACCCGAUCUUCCCCAUACCACGAAGGCUGGACAAACCUUACGGCAAGCAGACGUAUCAGCUGAACACGUCCAAGCUGCAGGGGCUGGGCUUCAAGUUCAGAGGACUGCAGGAGAUGUUCGACGACUGCGUCCAGUCGCUCAAAGACCAGGGCCACCUGCUGGAGUGCCCGUUGUGAUGAAGGGGGGGAAUUGUUGUCGACAAGAACAUGCCAUAGCCGAACACAGUUGGAUCACGUCCACAAAUCGUUGGCUCCAAGCCAAUAUGUUUCAAUGAUUCCAUGUGAUGUCAGCGUCCUUUCUUAAGCUGCUGCUGUCAGUUCAUCGCUCA